AACCCGGUCACACCUGUGACGAGAGUGAGGGUGUGUCCACUGUCUGGUCACCUGGAUGUGAUGGGCAUACAAACUGCACCUGCGAGUGGCCAACCCUUGCCUGACAACACGAGAGACUGGAAUCCGUCUUCAAAGACAAUCCUGAGCGUUACGUGUGACUGAUUAAGAUCAAUAUGCGCUGAACCGGCGGCGCGAAACAAUAACAGUUACCUGGAUCUCGUGUCGCGUCCCUUGUGUUGAACCAGGUACAAAUCACGUUACAAGUCUCGGAGUAACAAUCACAGCACGUGGACGAGCGGUGCAGGAAAAUCGAGCCCAGAUUAAUAUUACCUCGAUUUGAUUAAGCCUAUGUGUUUUUACGCCCGACCUGACCGUGAAACGCUGUUGUCGUGUAGAUUAGAUAUGCGUAAUACAACAGCGAGGUGACCCAGUCAAACGGCUCGUCAUUAGAUACCAAACCCUUAAGGGAGAACAAGCCAUGGCGACUCUCCAGGAUCGCGAGUUCACUUUACCUCUGAUUAAAAGACAAGGAUCGGUCAACAGAAUUCCUUUAAGCAGUUCAAAUUUAAAGUCCUUGGAUCUUGGAGGUAUUUCAUUCGAGGGCGGAGGCGAGAAGGGGAGCUAUGGACACGCGUUGUAUGCUGGAGCUGGUGAGAUGGAGGAUAAGUUUAGUGAGUUUGGGGCGACGGAGUCGACGGCGUCAUACGAAGACGACACCACGGAGGGUGGACGACGACGAGCUGAAAGGGCUGCUGAAUUUGAGGUGGAGCACAACUGGAUGCUUAAGGAAGCUGAGGAGAUACAGUAUAGGAAGUUCGACUCUAUAAAACGUAGGGUGGCUAUAUAUCUUCCAGAUGAGGAUCCCAUAGAGAACAUCAACCACCGUCUGGCCGAGAUACAAGCGAUGGUCAAGCCACGGGCGGAGAUGUCCAGUUUCAUCAAGGACUUGGCCCCUCAGCAGAUGGAACGGAUACUGAAGGUGACAAACACGGACGUGAAGAAGAUACGGGAAGAGACGCGCAAAGGAUGGCGGCCCCAGGACCGCCUGGCCUAUGCCAUCAAUGUAGUGGGUCUAAUAGCACGGUCAGCGGUCCCCAGGAGAAGGCAUUUUAACGACCAGGACCCAGAAGUGUCAACUUCAGUUCUGAGACGGAUGCGACGGAAACAGGGCACCAACGGCCAGCAGAAAACAGCGUUCAAAUCUAGUCUGAGCUUCGACAUGCAGUUAGCUCUUACAACACAACCCGAGUACAGAACAAACUACCACUUGAAGAGAGUGUCGUGGGUGCUGCGCGCCACUAAGGCCUUCAAGCACCUGUUCCCGUUGGAGAUGGAGAGGGAGUUGGCCCGGGUUGUCGCUUAUGAGAGGUACGACGACAAUCGCCAUAUCGCCUACCAGGGCCGGGCCCCGGAGAGGUUCUACUAUAUCCUGUCUGGCAGAAUACAACGACUACGUGAGUAUCGACUGACGUCAGGUUGUAUAAACAAGUCCAUGGGUUUCCUCAGCAAGGGCAUGACGUCAAACCCGGAGGAUGUGGAGAGUACAUUCCCCAGUGAGUUUCACCUGGUUUCCAAGGGACCCGUUGAGGUGUUGAUGCUACACAGAGAUGAUUUCAUCCGGCUUCAACACACAACCCAGAGCCCACCUAUAGACUUUCUAUGGUCCCUGGACUUGUUCAAGGAGUUCCCCUGCGACCAGUUCCUACACAACCAAGAGGCCAUAGAGUUCACUUACUACGGUCAGAAUCGAGUCAUAGCAAAAGAUGCCCACAAUUCACCAUGGAUUUACGUUAUAAAGUCGGGUAACGUGAAAGUAGUUCGUGUUCAGUUCGUCGUGGACGUGCGGAAUGAUGCAAUGUUCGCGUCACAGAACACAGAGGAACUAGGUUGCGGAAGGGCUUUUAGUCACGCCUCUGAUAUGCUUGGACUACUUGCUAAACAGCGGAAACUGAGGGGUCACACUGAUAUCAAUCUACCCGAGUUGAUGAAGAGACGAAAGUUAAAUGGACGUCUAUCAGCUGGGUCCCUGACAGACCGAUCGCACAGUCGAAAGAAAGCAAAAUCGACCACUUUUAUAGAGAAAGAGGUUCCUCCGAUAGAACCUGAGAAUGUGACAGCAAGCCCCACCCCAGGCCCCGACCCUGGGUCCAGCCCUGUCUCCACCCCCGUGUCAACCACUCCGGGAGAACAACGGUCUGAGGGAUCCUCUCCCACAGACUCACCAGAAAAGAAGAGCAAAAACCACUUCCAGCUUCCUCCAAUAGUCGUCACCCAACCCACCCCCAGGCAACCAGGAAAGAAUCCCCGGGGCAGUGCUUCCCUAGCUAAAUCCACCCCGGGGGUGGCAGAUCAUAUGACUCCCCACGGGACGUUCCUCACCAGAGAGAAGACAGAAUUUGAUGCUGUCCUCUCCAGGAAAAAGAAAGAUCUGAUUCAGAGGAGGGCCUACCUUCAGCUUGACACCCUCAGCCCGGGGGACGUGUUUGGUUUGGACGAAAUCGCUGUAAAGUUCAGGUAUCAACCCAAGGAUGAUGAGGGCCUAGAGAACCUUGACCCUCCCCCUUUGGCGUUCAUGGAGGGGCCGGCCAUCAGUCUAGUGAGCGACGGAGCCGAAGUGAUAAAGAUCAGCAAGAGAUUCUUCCUACAGUUCGCCCAGAACAACACCAUGUUGAGAGUGGAGACAAUGCAACGCGAGUACAUCACCACGGAUGAGGCUAAAGACGUGUUGUAUAACAAGGAGACAUGGAGGCAGUAUAAGAGUGUUCUCAUGGAGAGGCUGGUCGGCAGUGUGACCUCUCGGACAUAGUCAAAACAUGGACUGGUGACCCUGAACACAGCUGUGGAUCAUGUGGCCACCUAUUAAUAACUAUAUAACAUACAUCCUUACUUGACAUGGGAAUGGAUAUGUGAGGGUUACCUGGGAUUGUGACUCUAUACAUUGAACUCCCGCUGCACGCUUGUCAAGGAUGGUGUACCAAUUACAAAGGAUGGGGACUUCAUGACAUAAAUUCCUGUUGCACGUUUGUCACGAAUGGUGUGUGAAUUACAAAGGAUGAUUACCUCAUAAUAUUUUUGUCAACAAUGACAGGCUUCUGUGUUCCCGUAACAUAAACGUUGCAGUGAAUGGUGACAAUGUUGCAUACCUUCCCGUCUGGACAUCUAGGCAAAGUGCAAUGGCAGGGAUGGUUCAGUAUUCCAUUUACUUCUGUGUUGAAUGUGUUGGACAGCAAUCGUCGAUAACCUUAUGUCGUGUUUGAAUGUAUGGGAAUUCAAACAGGAUCUCAAGAUAUUGGAGAGGCUUCAACACUAAUACCUGUAACCAGGGCUUCCGGGUUGCAUGAACUGUUAUAGGUUACACAAAACCAAAUACUUUCCCGUUGACUUCCAUAGAAAUAUAUUUUUUUCACUAAGCCAUCCACAGCAAUUACAUGUUCAUGUGUGCAUAGUUUGACCUUAAAGCAGCAAUGAAAAAAAGAUGACUACCUCAGCCAGCUACAUUUCCGUGAACUAAACAGACCAACGCCAGUUCCGCACAAAAUGUUAACCGCUGGAAACUAUCUGUG